CAUGCGCAUUAGGUUGUUCACCUGCACCAUGCAGUCUCUCAGCAUUUUUCAUGGUUUAGUGGACUCUCACACCACUGACCAUUAAUAACUGUGUCUGUCUUAGUGUUGUUUCUCGUGUUUAGGCAUUUUGCUGCAUGUUUCCUCUGAUGCGCUGCUGGAGUGUCGCCUUUCUUUUACGCGCCGGGGACAGCUCUCCAAACACGCUGGUCACACAGAUCUCCUGCACAGGAGACUAGAAUGCUGCAGGGUGAAAUGGGCUCCAAACUGACAACUCAAGCAACUAAACAGGAGAAGUGCUACGACCCUGGAGACAAAACUCUGAAAUUUGUGGAUGGAGAAGACGUCUUAGAUUUUUUAUGUGAAGACUUUAAGUCUCCAAGAGCUCAGAUGUCCUGUGGUCAUGCUGUGACCCCCACGUCUCUCACCAACUGGUGUCUCAGGCAGCUGGAUCAGGGUGACAGCAGAUUUGUGUGUGGCCAGUUUGGUUGUGGCGUUGAGUGGCCUUAUGUGGAGGUUUGUAAAAUGGCUCUUCUGACUCCUGAAGAAAAGAAAUACUUUGAACAAACGUUGGCCUUCAAUGCUGCCAGGGAGAACUUUCUAAUCAAAGCAUGUCCUGGAUGUAAAUCCCCUGUGAUGAGAACGAAUGAAUCCAACCUGAAUAUUUGCUGCAAAGUGUGCACAGCAAAAAAAGGACGGACCUUUGAAUUCUGCUGGCAGUGUCUGAAAGAAUGGAAGGGUCCGAAGCCACGAUCGGACCGCUGUGGAAACAAUGGCUGCUGCAACCAGCCACUGAAAACACUGCAAACCUGCCCAGAUACCAUCUUUCAGUCUAUGCCGGGCGCCACUGGGUGUCCCUCCAUCCGGGCCUGUCCCACCUGUGGUUCCCUGCUGGAGCACAGCAAAAAAUACUGUACAUUCGUUCUCUGCCCACGAUGUAUGGUGAACUUCUGUUUCGUGUGCUUGCAGCAGCGUCAUCAUAGUUCAAGCUGCAGCGUCGCCCCCAGACAGACCUCUAUACCUGUGUGGCAUCACGUGAACCACACCAGACCCUCCUCCCUCCAGUAAGACAAGGCCACCUAUUUUCCAUCAAGAAACAUCUGACAAAUAUAAUUAUAUCUGUGUUUUGUUUGUGAGAAAUUUAUUGCCAAAUGUAAUCAUUUUAUUUCUGAGGCAUUCCUAAAUCCUGGAGAUGACAGUAAGUCAGAAGCAGGAGAUGGAACAUACAUGUAUCUGCACUGCUGCAUAUCUCUAAUUAUUAUAUAUCAACCUGAAUGUUGUAUAAUUAGUCAUUUACUGCCAUUAUGUGCUGUCCUGAUAUUUGCAUAAAUUGCACUUUGAUGCUUUGACUUGUUCAAAUUUUCAUAUCAAUAAAGCUCAUUUUUUCUGAA